AUGACGACUAAAGACGGAAGCUUAAUAUUGGGGCAAAGUAUCCAGGUGGUGACGCCAAACGAGGAGCACCGGGUAGUGCUGGACGAGAAGUCACUGCAGGAGGUCCUACUGCGGGAUGAUGUCAAGGACCUGCCGGUGGUGGUGGUGUCUGUGGCUGGAGCACAUCGGAGGAUCUCGUGUAUAUUUUCAUCGUUUCAGUACAACGAGAGUGAAAAAGGCGAGGGCGAUUGGCUCGGCGCGGCGGACGAGACGGUGAAGCGAUUCUUUGGGCGCGAAGGCUCCAAACUCACCACCGGCAUAUACUUAUGGUCAGAACCCUUCAAAGCCAGCUUGCCAAGUGGAGAAAAGGUGGCAGUUCUGCUGAUGGACACGCAGGGUACCUCCGAUAGGACCUACACGGUCAAGGACAACGCCACUGUGUUCGCGCUCUCCACCAUGCUGUCCUCCGUGCUGAUAUACAACAUCUCCCAGAAUAUAGAAGAGGAUGACCUUCAGCAUCUACAGUUGUUCUUAGAAUACGGACGGGUCGCGAAGGAUAACUUGGUUGGCAAGCCAUUCCAAAGGCUGCAGUUCCUCGUGAGGGACUGGUCCUUCCCGCACGACUAUCCUUACGGACCAGUCGGAGGCCAACAGCUGCUUGACAAACGUCUUAAGGUCCACGAGGGUCAACACCUGGAGCAGCAUAUCACCGGCUGCUUUGAGGAGGCCACUUGCUUCCUGAUGCCGCAUCCGGGCAUGAAAGUCCGCACCGACAGCCAUUUCACUGGGAAGCUAUCGGAUAUCGAUCCAGAAUACCAGACGCAUUUGAAUCAACUGGUGCCAUUGCUGCUUUCGUCGGAGAACCUGGUGCAGAAGAAGAUCGGCGGCCAGACGGUGAAGACUAAGGACCUGCUCAGCUACUUCAAGAGCUACGUCGAAGUCUUCAACAGCGAUACGUUUCAGAUACCCACGAUUAUUUCAGAAGUUCGUAAAAAUAUUUGAAUCUUCUAAGCAAUUUAAUCACUUCACAACUUUGACAAACGAUUCUCAGGGAGAAACUUUUUGCAAGGGUGUAAUUUAUCUAUAAUUUGUAUGUAUUUAGAAAUAUAUA